AUGGUCCCAUCGGCGAAGCACCAAAAGAGCUCUGAAAACUAUCAGCAAACUGGAUCCGCGAAAUUGACAUCAAAGGGUAUCGAGGAAUUGGUCGAUCAAGCAUGUGGUGAGUGGCUGGACAGAAAGGGCCACGGUUCCAUCAACGCACCCAAAGGGUUAAAAUGCGUCCCUCUUGACCACGAAGAGCAGACCCCGACGGGCAAAGAGAUUCAGCGAUUGAUCGAGCGGCAAGUGGACAGGAUUUUCGAUCAGAAGCUCGAUGCACGUUUGGAAAAGUUCUUUAAAGACCAUACUGAUGUAGUCACAUCCGGUUCUCGAGUGAAGAAUUUCGGCCAGCAACUCGGUGUUCUGACGGAAGACUUCAAGCAGCUGAGACUUGACCACCUGUCUAAGGUCACGAAGAUCACCCAUGCGAGACUUCCCGCAUCGCUUGAAACCGGAACCACUCACCCUGCUGGCAGACCUGCUCCUAAAACUACCGACGAAUCAACCGACACCGGAAAGGGAAAGGGGAAGCGCCUUUUGACUGCGCAAUCGACGGCUGGGGCCUCAAAGAAGGCACGCUCUUUAAACUAA